AUGAUGCAGUUCCCUGUAGUACAAAUGUUUAGAAAGAUGAAGGGGAAGCCCGAGUUUCCUGAUAACAUACAAGGAUCUGGUGAUGUUCUUUCCCACCUGACGUCUUCAUUCGACCACCAAUGUGCAGGAGGUACCGUACACAUUUCCAUGUUGCCAAAUCCCUCUCAUUUAGAAGCAGUAAACCCUGUCGCAAUGGGCAAAGCACGUGCCCGUGCUAGGUCCUUGGGAGUUGGUGAUUACUCGAAAGAUCGUUCGGCUCGAGUUGGCGAUGGAGUAUUGACCGUUCUAGUACAUGGUGAUGGAGCUUUCACUGGGCAGGGUGUUGUCUGGGAAUCGAUUUCGCUUAGUCGAGCGCCUCAUUUUCGGAUUGGUGGCACUAUUCACCUAGUCAUUAAUAACCAAGUGGCUUUCACUGCCGAGGCACAUAUUGGUCGUUCUUCGGAGUUCUGUUCAGAUAUGGCGAAGGCUUUUGAAUAUCCCAUUAUACACGUCAAUGGUGACCACCCGAAUGACGUUGUUAAGGCUACGAGAUUAGCCAUGGCUUAUCGAGAUCGCUUCCGAAAGGAUGUGUUCAUUGAUUUGGUUUGUUAUCGUAGAUGGGGGCACAACGAACUCGAUGAUGCUUCCUUUACUCAACCUGUCAUGUAUAAGGUGAUUACGAACCGUGAUUCUGUGCCACGGCAAUAUGCGGAUGAAUUAAUUAAUCAAGGGUUGCUCACAGAAGAUGAUGUGAAGAAGGAAAAAGAAGCGCAUACGGCAAAAUUGAUGGAUUCGUUUCGUGCUGCACCAGCCGAAGUGCAAAAGUGGGAUACUGGCUGUGAUAUCAAUGUGCUCAAGUAUGUUGGGGCUGCUUCUGUUUCAACCCCAGAAGGAUUUAAUGUGCAUCCACAUCUCAAAAAGAUGCAUUGCGAAGCACGUAUUCAGAAGGUGACGGCAGGCGAAGGCAUUGAUUGGGGUACUGCAGAAGCGCUGGCCUUUGGAUCACUUUUAUUGCAAGGAAACGACGUACGCCUCAGUGGCCAAGAUGUUGGUCGGGCUACUUUCAGUUUUAGACAUGCUAUGCUAGUUGAUUACGAGUCAGACCUCACUCAUAUUCCACUAAACUUUAUUUCCAAGGAACAAACAGGAUAUCUUGAAAUUGCAAACAACAUCUUAUCCGAAGAGGCUGUGCUUGGCUAUGAGUUCGGUUACUCUUUGGAUCAUCCGCGGCGGUUGUGUGUCUGGGAAGCUCAGUUUGGAGAUUUUUGCAAUGGUGCACAAAUCAUUAUUGACACAUUCCUCAGCGGUGCAGAAAGUAAAUGGCUAACGCAGUCUGGGCUAACCUUGCUAUUGCCGCAUGGUUUUGAUGGAGCAGGACCAGAACACAGUAGUUGCCGAAUAGAGAGAUUCUUGACAUUGUGUAAUUCUCGUGAAGAUCAAAUUCCUGUAGACGGCGAAAAUGUGAAUUUUCGAAUAGCGAAUCCAACAACAUCAGCACAAUACUUUCAUCUUCUUCGAAAACAGGUACUGUGA